GAUGCUUAACUCUAUUUUUUUUACUCAUCGUAUAAGCCUCCGCUUACGGCUACAAUUCGCAAUGCAUGCUGUCGUAUUCCAGACCACCGGUGGCGAUGAGGCAUCAUCUACGGCCCGUCACGCCUCAUAGAGCCGAGGCGCCUGAAAGCAGCCUAGUUCCAUAAGGCUGAUGAUCCAUCGUCACCGCCAACAUCGCAGCGUCCCGCACUUUUGGAGGACGCGAGCCUGGCGCAUGGUUUCGACUCGAACUUGCCCAGCUCUCGGAUUUUUCGAAUGACUGCGAUAUGGCGAACCUGGCUCCCUCGACUGCGCUCGCCCCGCAUGUCUGUAUUAUCGACUUCCAUCACGCGAGGGGCCCUGAGGUGGAAGCUUGGAUCGGCCUCGAGGAUGGCGAGGACCCAGCAGUAGAGCAUGACUGGCCGCUGCUGCCGUUCAUGGCACUGAGCGACGGUGCGCAUGCCUCUACAGAGGACUACUCAUACUUCACGCUCCGGCGCUCGGCCACGCCUUCUCAUGUUGCAACGAGUCUUUUCGGUAUAUCGUGUACACGACAGCUUCCAGCGAGCGAACUGAUCGAUCGACCCGCCGACGUCACAAGGAGCACAGUACAGAAGGCAGUGGUCGUCGUGACAGACAGCCCGCAGCACUUCGGCGCAAUCAAGGCACAACUAGGUGUGGUCACGGCAGCGUGGUUUGCGCAAAAAGAUUUUACGGAUAUUGAGAUACUGCAGAGAUUCCACGAAAGCCUGCCGCGGUUACUGGAAAAUCAAGAAGGUCAGGUCGAACAUUACUUCGGCAUAUCGCUCCGCGAGCUCAUACAUGAGUUCAAGUGGCAGACUCUUGUUCUUUUCAAGUGCGCUCUGCUUCAACGCAAGGUCCUUUUCUUUGGCUCGAAUUGCGAACGGCUAUGCAUGAUGCAAUUUGCUCUUAUUUCUUUGAUACCCGGCCUUAUGCGCCACCUGCAGGACGCUGCGGACCCUACAUUCAACUCGGCUGAAGAGAAAAUCGUCAUGCCUACAAGCCUCAAAACAUCUGAACGUUCGUCUUUACUUGCAUACAUGGGUCUCCCUCUCCAGUUGUUCGGAAAAGGCUCGCUCUUCGGUCCCUACACACCGUUACAACAGCUGGACAUGCUCGCCGACGCCAAUACGAAAUCAUAUAUCGUCGGAUCAACAAACUCGUUGCUGUUGCAGCAGAAAGACCGUUAUAGUGACGUACUCAUCAACCUCGACGAUCACACUGUAAACAAUACUUCGACUUCGCUACGCCAGGCGUCGGUUCUCUCAACUCCAGACCGACGAUGGAUAGACUUCUUGACGCAAACGGUAAACGAUACUUGGGAUGAAGCGGACCCUGCGCGGCCAAAGGAUCAUGGAUACACUGGAAGUGAAGAGUUCAUCCGAAUGCAAUUCGAAGAGUACCUCCUUGCCAUGCUGAGCUCCGUCAAGUACAAGCUUUACAUGGAGAAGAAUCCAAGUCAUGAGCCCCUGUUACCAGAGGUUCACGGUGAUCCAGCAAGCGAGUUUUCAAACGACUGGGUACACGCCUGGAUGCAAACCGAGAACUUUCGAAUAUGGAACAAGUUCACUGAUUCGCACCUAUUCGAUAUCAUUGAUCCCAAACACCCUUGCUCCGGAGGGCUAUCCGUCGAAGAUGUCCAACGGAGGCUGGCAGCGCAAGUAGCAGAGCUACAUCUUGACGAACGACUAGAGAAAUCACGAGAGGUCAUUGGCGAAAGGGUCGCUGCUGGUCAAGCCAAGGUCUCGACAGCAUACAACAAGCUGUGGGCGGACAUAGAGACCAUGCGCAAAGCCCAGAGAGAACGGCAGGAGGAGCAAAGAGAAGCAGCUGAAAAAUUGCGGCUUGAGCAAGAGAAAGAGGGUAUAGUACCAGAUCAAGCCACUACAUGGAAGUCACAAGCACCAGAUCUCAGCAACGCACGCGCUAGUGCUGGCGCAUAUUUUUCUUCCUGGGGCUCUUGGGCCAGCGAAAAGCGCAAAGGCUGGGGUGCGCGCAGUGCAUCCGCGAACCAGACACCCGCUUCUUCACCACCGCCUAGCGCAGGCCCACUGCCCGGCGAUCUGAAGAGAGCCGAACAGUUCAAGCGGGACAAGGGAGCGAGUUUGGAUGGAUCGACCUUGCACAGCUCCAGUGGAGUGACAGCGCACAAGAGGAUCGCGAGUUAUGAUGAGACUACGGAUGGCGAGAAGAGGAAUAGCGGCACUGUGUUCUUUGACGCGGAGAUCGCUGAGCAAGAGAGAAAUGCUUGGAGGACCUGAGAUAGGCCGUAUCAUAGUCCGGACGCAUGAUCUUUUGACUGAUAAGAGCAUUGUAUGAAGCUCGGCUGAGUGGCGUUCCGUGCGUUUCUCGACUUUGCUGGCUUGAGGGAACAAAUCACAUCGCAUAACUGCCAUCGGGAGGUCUGCUUAUUGUAGUAUCAGAAACAUAUCGGGCAGUGGAUACAUAUAG